GACUAACUUCCAACAUCCAAACAUAUUUUUUUCUUUCUUCUUUUCCCCCUCAAAGAGAAAAUCAUCCGAAGCAGCAAGAUGAGUUAACGGCCACAAAUCCCAAAUGGCUUCUUCCUUUACCUUCAACACUCUGCAACGGCGGGAAAUUCUCUCUCUUCAUCUAUGUAAGUGUUUCUCUACUCCAAUUAUUCAUCCUCUUCACAAUUCUCUUGCAUUUUUAUCUCCCAAACACACCCUUCCACUUAAAUUACCUCAUUUUUAUUUAGUUAAAUCUCCUGUGACUGUUAUAAGCCCAAUUCAUAAUGGAACUUUCUCUAGCUUAGACUGUAAUUUUUCCACUGAAACUGUUAAUUUCAGAAAUAUUAAUGAAAAUUUAGGUUCUGGGUUUAAGAAAGACAGAGUUUUGGAGGGAAAAAAUGAGAGAGGGUUAGUAAAUAACAGUGGAAAAUCUGUGAGUUUUGGAAAAAGAAGUGAUAAUGUUUCUGGAAGUUCUUCAUAUAGGAGAGAUAGUAGAAGGGGAGAAAGAAAAGUGGAGGAAAUUGUGGGAAAAAUUGCUGUUAAAAGUAAUGGGGAUGUUAGGAGAAAUUUUAAUGAUUCUGAAGAUAAGGGUCAAAAGGGUCCUGGGUAUUCUACAAGAAGGGAUAAAAAAGCGAAUUCGAAGUCGGUUUUUGUUAGACGAAGUGUAGAUAGAGAAGCCAUUAAAGAUGAUAAAUCUAAUAAAGUAAAGAAGGAGAAGAAAUUGUCUAAGAAGGAUAAGCCUAAUUCACCAGAGUUUCAUCUGAGGAUUGGACUAGACAGGUGCUCCAAAAUGGGGGAUGUCAUGGGUGCCAUUUUGUUGUAUGAUUCGGCGGUUAAGGAAGAUGUAAAGAUGGGGCAGUACCAUUAUACUGUGCUCUUGUAUUUGUGUUCUUCUGCUGCAAUGGGGGUUAUUCGGCCUGCUAAAAGUGGUAGUGGUAGUAGGAGUUUAGAUACAGUUUCCUCUCAGAACUUAGAAGAUGAGCGAAAUGGUUUUGUUGAGGAUGAAGAUGAUGAUAGUGAUGAUAUAGAUGAUGAAGUUGGGGAUAGAAAAGAUCAAACUCAAAAGUUAGAGGUAAAUGAGAUUAGGGUAAGCGAUGAUGUAAAGAAGUAUGCCCUUGAAAAAGGGUUUGAAAUUUAUGAGAGAAUGUGCUUGGAGAAGGUCCAGAUGAAUGAGGCUACUUUGACUUCAGUUGCUAGAAUGGCAAUGGCUAUGGGAGAUGGGGACAUGGCUUUUGAUGUGGUGAAGCAAAUGAAAUCAUUGGGGAUAAACCCGAAAUUGAGAUCUUAUGGUCCUGCUUUGUCAGUUUUUUCCAGCCGUGGAGAAAUUGAGAAGGCCUUUGGUGUUGAAGAGCACAUGUUGGAGAAUGAUGUUCAUCCAGAAGAGCCUGAAAUGGAGGCACUCCUUAGAGUAAGUGUUGAAACUGGUAAAGCUGACCGAGUGUAUUAUGUGUUGCAUAAACUUAGAACAAAUGUGAGGUCUGUCUCACCUUCUACUGCAGAUUUGAUUGAAAAAUGGUUUAAAGGCAAAGAAGCAUCGAGAGUUGGGAAAAGGAAAUGGGAUUAUGAUAUGAUAGCUCAAGCAAUGGAAAAUGUUGGUGGUGGGUGGCAUGGAAAGGGAUGGUUAGGUAGUGGAAAAUGGAGCGUUGCACGAACUUCAAUUGGAGCUGAUGGUUUAUGUAAAUGUUGUUGGGAAAAAUUAGCCUUGAUUGACCUUGAUCCUGAAGAAACUGAGAGAUUUGCUGAAUCAGUUGCGGCAAUAGCAAUAAAGAGAGAGAAGAAUUUAAGCUUUCAGAAGUUUCAAGGGUGGCUAGACUACAAUGGUCCAUUCGAGGCUGUCGUAGAUGCAGCCAAUGUUGGUCUUUACAGUCAGAGAAAGUUCAAACCUUCAAAGGUCAAUGUUAUUGUAAAUGGGAUACGACAAAUGCUUCCUUCAUCAAAAUGGCCACUUAUUGUCCUGCACAAUAGGCGAGUUAGUGGAAGCAAUCUUGAUAAACCUAUUGAUAAGGAAUUAGUUGAAAGGUGGAGAAAUGCGGAUGCACUUUAUGCAACACCAACUGGAUCAAAUGAUGAUUGGUACUGGUUGUAUGCAGCUAUAAAAUUUAAGUGUCUACUUGUAACCAAUGACGAGAUGAGAGAUCAUACGUUCCAGCUCCUAGGGAAUGAUUUUUUUCCAAAAUGGAAAGAGAGGCAUCAGGUUCGGUUUAGCUUCUCAGAAAUUGGCCCUGUCUUUCACAUGCCACCACCAUGUUCAGUUGUUAUCCAGGAAUCAGUGAAGGGCCAUUGGCAUAUUCCCAUUGUUUCGGAGCACCAAUCUGAAGAGAAGAGAAUAUGGUUGUGUGUUACACGCCUCAACUCUCAUAUCAGGAACCCAAGUCACGUAGUUGGAGCGGAAGAUUCCAAAGAGGAUAUGAAAGAUGAGAGGCUGUAUGGGAGCUCAAAUUCUCACUCUUCUCACCAGGUGAAGGCUUCAUUAGCAGCUCGUAGCAAGCGGAAAACUACAGAACUAGUUCCUCCAAAAGAGAAAGCUCGUAGAUAUGCACUUUCAGAAUCUCCACCUUCAAAAUUAGACCAUACUAUACCCAUCUCGAAUGCUAUAAAGGCCGCUGAGAAGCGUGGUGAGUGUGUGAUCAAUUUUCAGAUUUGAUACGGUAUAUACUCAGACAUGAUUCUUCUUUCUUUGGAGGACUUCUGACUCAAAAUGAGCAUUCUAAUGUUAAGGUGGAUAAAAGUUUGUUGAUGCUUCUGGUAUGGAUUGCUCUCUGGUUUUGGCAACCCUGACGCUAGAUGCUGGGCUAGUUCUUAUGUUUCCAGGUUACUGCUUAUUGGCCGUCACAUUUUUGGAAUAAAAGAAGUACUCCCUCCGUCCCAUAAUAUAGUGUUUGUUUCUUUUUUACAUGGUCUCCAAGACGUAACUUUGACCUUUUAUAUUUCAAUUCCGUAUUAAUAAAAAAAUAGUAAAAGUUGAUAUUAUGAAAGUACAUGUUGAGACGAAUCUAACAAGAUCACACAUGAGUAGGUUUUUUUUGUAUAAAAUAAUGAGAAUAUUUAGUCAAAGAUUUUAAAAUUUGAUCCACUAAAAAUGAAAUAGGCACUAUAUUAUGGGACAGAGGGAGUAGCAUUUUAGUGUCAUUAGUCAUUGCAUGAGUUAGCUCAAGGAACUGUAAAUUUCAGUUCAAAUUAUAUCAGAAGGUUUUUCAUUGGCUCUCUCAACAAAUUUACCCUACAAAGAAUUAUAGUAGUGCUCUUUUCAAGUGGAUCAGUUUAGUAUCACCAGGGCUCAUCCAGGCCCAGCCCAUUUUCAAAUUGGCUUGGUCUAGUUUCUCAGAAGUACAGUAUAUGGGCUCAGUGCCUCAGUCUCAAACUUCCUCUGGAUUGAACAAGCCCACUUCUGGGCUCUGCUCGUUCAAGCUAACGUUUUUCAAGCAAAAUUUGAUAGAACCUGCAGAAUUAUUGGGCCCACAAUGUAAAGGUCUGUCCAAAACUUUAUCUAUGCCAUGUCUGGUCCGAGGCUCUGAGAAUUGAUGUUUGAAGUUGCAUCUCGUAAACUGUGAAAAAGCAAAGAUAGCAACUAAAUUGGAACGUAGGGAGUAUAUGGACUUGGUAUUUAGUGUGGACUUAAUGUUAGUACAUUUGAUUUAUUAAAAAAAGGUCACUAUGUAAAAAAAA